GAGAGAGAGAGAGAGAGAGAGAGAGAGAGAGAGAAAGAGAGAAGGAAGCGGGAGCGCUAAGCGAUGACGACCUUCUUCAGUACGCCAUCGAUCCACUCCUCUAGACUAUUGCUCCAUGGCUUCCGUAUCAAUGGAGUCUCCUCAUCUCUGCCUCUCUCUCGGACCCUCCAUUGCUCUCAUGUGGCCAUGGCAUCAACCGCUUCUCAGUCAUCGCAGACCGUGGAAUCUGGUGAUGCCGGUGGUGGUUCAGAUGUUUUCCAGUUGAUUCAUGCCCAUCAGGCUGCUGCUGCUCGGCUCUCUCCGAUUGAGGAAGCGCGGACAUUGCUUAAUUAUAGUGUUCGGGGUGUGCUUUCUAGUUUUUCCAAGGAUCAUGAGGGUUAUCCAUCUGGAUCAAUGGUGGAUUUUGCAUGUGAUGAUAAUGGCUCCCCAAUAUUGGCAGUCAGUAGUUUAGCUGUUCAUUCAAAGAAUUUGUUGUGUAAUCCUAAAUGCUCCUUGCUUAUUGCAAAAGAUCCCCAAGAUAGGACUGAUGUUGUCAUUACUCUUCAUGGGGAUGCAAUUCCUGUAUCUGAGAAAGAUAGAGAAGCUGUGAGAUCUGUAUAUUUAAGAAAGCUUCCUGAUGCUUUCUGGGUGGACUUCGGUGAUUUUCACUUCAUCCAGAUAAAACCUAAAUUUGUGCGAUAUGUAACUGGAGUUGCAACAGCUUUAUUAGGAUCAGGAGAAUUUGGUGCUGAAGAGUUCAAAGCUGCAAAAGUUGAUCCAAUAUUUCAGUUUUCAGCCCCUAUUACGUCCCACAUGAAUAAGGAUCACCCCGAAGAUACAAAGGCAAUAGUGGAAUACUCAACCUCAGUGAAGGUGGAUUCUGCUUACAUGCUGGAUGUUGACAGCCUUGGCUUCAAUGUUAAGGCUGGUUUCCAAGGAAGUACUCUGAAACUUCGGAUUCCUUUCCCUAGACGUGCAGAAGAUAGAAAGGAUGUGAAAACUCUUAUAGUAGAAAUGCUCCAAGCUGCUAGAGCAUCAAGCUAAACAACCAACCAUGUCCGUGUUAGUGUGUUGGCAGGCAAAGUUAGGUGAAGCUUGAAGCAGCAUGCAAACUACUUUUAGCGCUUGCACAAAAGAAUCUUGAGUUCAAUUUAUGUACUAGUUGCAGACAUGAGGAAUCCAUGCCAGUCCAUGAGGUUGUUUAAAAUAUCUUACAUAAUUUGGGGCUUGAUGCAUAAUCUGAUCUUGCACGUUGGUGUGGAGACUGAAUAGACUAUAUGAUAGAAGAUAAAGUUUAUCAUUUAAUCAACUAAAACAAUGUUGCUUGUACUGCUAAAUUGGGUAAAUAUAUGACUUUACAGUAAAUCUACUCCCAGAGCAAUGAUCAAAGUUC